UCGAACAAGUUCUUUGUCGCAUAAAUGUCAAAAAAAGAUUCAAAUACCAAAAAAAUCGACUCAUUUCGUCUCGUGUUGCUUGGAAACGCCGCUGUUGGAAAGUCCAGUAUUGUCUUACGGUUCGUAAAUGGAAUUUUUCAGGAAUUCAACGAACCUACAAUUGGAGGUUUAUUUAUAUUAUCAAAUCCAGCCGCAUUUAUUACUCAAAAUGUAACAUUUGACGAUACAACUAUUAAAUAUGAAAUUUGGGACACUGCGGGACAGGAAAGAUAUCAUUCUCUCACUCCGAUGUAUUACAGAGGGGCCCAGGCUGCCGUUGUCGUCUACGAUCUUACAAACGAGGAUUCAUUUCACAAGGCUAAGAAUUGGGUUUCGAAUUUACGCUCGAUGGCCGGAAGUAACAUUAUUAUUGCAUUGGUCGGAAAUAAAGAAGAUUUAGCGUUAGAAAAACGUUCAGUCGAGUAUGAGGAAUAUUCAAGGGCGCAGGGUCUUUUAUUUUUUGAAUCUUCUGCAAAAACCUCAAAAAAUAUAAACGAGAUUUUUAUUCAGAUUGGUUGUGUCUAUAUUUUAACUGAUAGCCAAAAAACUGGUAAAGUCUCCCAUUCUUUCUAA